AACAGUAUUCUUUUUGUGAGCUGGUACUAUUAAGAAGAGCCAAACUUCUUGCUGUUGUGAAAACGGGCCAUGUCGCUGUUGGAACAGAAACGAGCCGCGGUCCGUUCGACGUCAAAUUCUGAGGACGACCGAAAGGCCGCGGCGGUGAACCCCAGAGCGGUUUGUAGGCUGUGUAACGGCCGGUACCGGGACCCGAAGAUCCUGCCCUGCCUGCACACCUUCUGCUCGGACUGUAUCGGCGGGUUGGAGCCGUUCUCGGGUUCAGCAGCGGAGGAGGAGGAGGAGGAGCGGGCCGCCGUCACCGUGCUCUGCCCGGACUGUGACUCCGAGGUGGAGCUUCCUCCGGCGGGACCGGCCGGGCUGUGUACGGACCACCUGGCGCUGGACGAGGUGUUCCUGGAGACGCUGGUGACCAACGGCCCGCUGGGAUGCGACCUGUGCGGUGAAGGUGACGCACAGAGCCGCUGUGAGGUCUGUUACGUCAACCUGUGCCAGUUCUGCUGCCAGGCUCACAGGUACAGUAAACAAAAACAAAUAAACAAAAACAAAGGCUGCCAGUUGUCUGUCGUGGAGAGCAAUAACAGACUGCCCAUCGCCAACCUCGGAAAUGAUCAAAUCCUCAGCUGCUAUAUGUCGUUACCCAAUGCUGCAGCUCAGGUCAGCCAAAUGUCCAUCACCUGGAUGAAGCAGGGGCUCAGCGGGGUGGUUUACAAGUACGAACACGGAGCUCCAAACCUUCAGGUCCAAAAUGACGAGUUCAAAGGCAGAACUGAUCUCUUCCCGAAUAUGAUCAUCAACGGCAACGCCUCCCUGCUGCUACGGUCAGUGAAAGAAAGCGAUAAUGGAAUAUACAUGUGCUCGCUCAGCUCCUCUGUAGGCAAAGGGACGAUCAACAUCAACCUGAGGACAGCAGACUUAGGAAAGAUUUCCGUUAACUCGUACUUCACCUUCGACGCUGCAACGAGCCUGCUCGCACCCGCUCACCUGAGCCUUUUAGACAACAGGACAAAGUCCAUCCUACCAGUAGAUGGGGACAGAAGAGUCCUGAAAGUGUUUGGCACAGCCCUGGAAUGCGGCGAGAGGCUUCCGAUUGGUCUGAAACGGGCCAUGUCGCUGUUGGAACAGAAACGAGCCGCGGUCCGUUCGACGUCAAAUUCUGAGGACGACCGAAAGGCCGCGGCGGUGAACCCCAGAGCGGUUUGUAGGCUGUGUAACGGCCGGUACCGGGACCCGAAGAUCCUGCCCUGCCUGCACACCUUCUGCUCGGACUGUAUCGGCGGGUUGGAGCCGUUCUCGGGUUCAGCAGCGGAGGAGAAGGAGGAGGGGCGGGCCGCCGUCACCGUGCUCUGCCCGGACUGUGACUCCGAGGUGGAGCUUCCUCCGGCGGGACCGGCCGGGCUGUGUACGGACCACCUGGCGCUGGACGAGGUGUUCCUGGAGACGCUGGUGACCAACGGCCCGCUGGGAUGCGACCUGUGCGGUGAAGGUGACGCACAGAGCCGCUGUGAGGUCUGUUACGUCAACCUGUGCCAGUUCUGCUGCCAGGCUCACAGGAGACAGAAGCGAACUGCGUCUCACUCUCUCCAGCAUCUGAAGGAAUUAAAGUCUCGUGGUCGUCUCUGCCGCCCCAUCCUCUGCUCCCUCCAUCCUGGCCAGGAGCUACGUCUCUUCUGCCGGCCCUGCGACCUUCCCGUCUGCUUAGAGUGUGCCGCCACCUUGCACCGUGAUCACCGCUGCUGCCCCACGCGUGAUGCUGUUGAUCGCCAUGGAGACCGCAUCAGAGAACUGGUCGUGAUGCACCUGCGGCCUCGUCUGGAGCGGUUGGAGGAGUCACUACACAAGGUGGAGACGUCCCAGGUGGCCUUGCAGGCUCGAGUGGAUGCAGCAGCGAAUGAAGUAAGGGCAUUUGCACAAGGCUAUACCAGCGCUGUGGAAUCACACUGCUUGUCUUUGCUACGUCGUUUAGAGGAGCUUCGCGUACAGCGCAGGACCCAACUCCACCUGCAGAGGGCGCAGCUGCAGCAGGCUUUGUUAGAUGUUCAGGGGGGUGUGGAGUUUGCAGAGCGAUUGCUGAGCUCCGGCUCGGAUGCCGAAAUCCUCAGUGCUAAAGGCGUGACUCUCCGAAGGCUCACCAGCCUGAUACAGAGCAGCUACAACCCCAACCCAGCCACAGUUGACUCUAAUGCCUGCGACAGCAUCUGUUUCGUGCCAAGAGAGCCAGCAGGGGAGGUGGAAGGCUACCCAGUGAUUGGGGUGAUCGACUGCAAGACGCUGGACAUCAGCAAGUGCACCAUUGAUGGGGAAGGACUCCACCAGGGCAAAGAGGGCGAGCCGGGACACUUCACUGUGGUCUGUCGGAACUCCACCGGGGAGCAGUUGGGACGAGGUGGGGAACAGGUCAUUGUCAGCAUCAUCCACAAGGAGAAGAAAGACUGCACAGUGGAGACGAGCGCGGUGGACAACAACGACGGGUCCUACAGUGUCACGUACACACCUGAAGAGCCAGGCGUCUACUCCGUGUGGGUCUGUGUCAAAGCCCAGCACAUCAAAGGUUCUCCAUUCAUCCUCAAUGUGAAGCGGAAGAUAAGGCAACACUGUGGGACCUUCCACUGCUGCUCCUUCUGCUCCAGUGGAGGAGCCAAAGAGGCUCGCUGUGGCUGUCCAGGAACCAUGCCAGGAGGAUUCAAAGGCUGUGGUCAUGGCCAUAAGGGUCACCCUAAGAAACCCCACUGGUCUUGCUGUGGCAGCACCGUGGAGCAGUCUGAGUGUUUGCCUCAGAAGGUGUUAGCUGCAGUUUCCUCUCGUGGUGACGUACGAACUGUGGAGCUCUGACGUGAUGUGAAACAAUGCAGAGGUCGGCAACAUCCAAAAUGUCUGAGAAGAAGGAAAUAUUGUGUUUAUUGGCCAAACCUAGAGAGACAUGCAAUGGUACGGUGCUGCUCAAACCCUUUAAGAGUUCGAGGUCCUAGGAACUGUUGGUCUAAUGGUGACCUCCACAUAUUGUGCCUGUACGUGUCAAAACUGACAAAUCUGGACUCAAAAUACACCUUUUUACUGUUGAUUUCCGUGGCAUGUCAGUUGAGUGCAGGAGGAGUCUCCAACCAUGCUCCUGGAGAUCACCUUCCCCUGCAUGUUUUCCAGCUCUACUCAUGCUAAUUAACUAAGUCAGGUGUGUUCAGCCAAUCAAGAACUAAGAAGCACCAGACUUGACUCAUAAGCUGUAUUUGCAGCACUGACAUGUAAAACAUGCGGGGCAGGUGAUCUUUAGGAGCACGGUUGAUGACCCCUGGUUUUGUGGACAGCUGAACCUCCUCCGUUAAACAUGCCACCUGCACCUGUCUGCAAUCUGUGCGACACUUCCACAGUCUGUGAAAGAAACCCGGACUGUUCAGCCACUGCCUCCAUCUUCUUCCACAUGAACAAGUUGUUUUUCUUUAGGAUGUUUCAUCUUCGGAAUUUUGAGCAUAAGAUGUAAUAUUUGACGUGGGAUUGGGGAAUGUGUGCAAGUUUAUAAUAUGACCUCUUGACCAGAGAAGACAAAGUGCAGCAUAAACAUUCUAAGUGUAUUUCUAUAAGCGCUGCCACAUUAAUAUUAAUAUGUGAUCAUGAAUCCUAAAUGUUGGCAGCAGCGGCAGCAGCAGCCUCCUCAGGAGGCAGGACUGAUACUAUCAACCACAUAACGUAAUGCAUCAUUCAUGUGACCUGCACAGUGCCGCUGCAGUCUCCUGUUGUUGUCUUCUCAAUGUCUUCUCUUUGUUUUAGACUGAAGACAGAGGUUAUGGUUAGUGUUGAUUUUUCAUAUUUUUGUAUGGUUUUUACUUUGUCAGUUUAAUUGCCUUUUAAAAUACAACCUAAAACCGAAAAAGUUGAGAUGCUAUGGAAACUUCAUUUCAUUUGUUAAAGGACAUGUCGCACCAAAAUCAUAACAAUUUAGCUUUAGGCUGUUAGUGACCAUCUGAUGAUCCACCGGGAUUACUUUGUGCACUUCUGUGACCGGUUUCAAAGUAUUCGGAGCAAACAGCUAUGGAAAACAAUGUCUGAAAACAAAGUACUCGUGAGUACUCAGGUGUUUCCAACAAUUGGCAAUGCAACUAGAAAUGUCCCAGCGUGUGCUUCAAUGGAAUGUAGCUGAUAAUGUGAAGAACGGAGGCACAAAUUAAUUCCAAAGUUUACAUAAGUAAAGUGCGAAGCUGGCUCCAGCUUCUCUCACGAUUGUGGCACGUUAAAUAAUGUCCAUUAUUUUCUGGAAAUAAUGUAUUUUGUCUUUUUCCAAUGUACAAAUCCAUCUCUGUGUCCAGGCAGUCUGUUAAAAACUGUCAGAUGUCCCGACCUCCGUGUACACAGCUUCAGUAAACAGCAUGUCUCCACACUUUAGGCUCUAAAAUCCAACACUCUGAAAAAGUUAAGCGUUUCGGGGUGAAGCGUGUCAUCUCCUCUCUGUAAAUCCGAGCCAUCACUUUUGAACAGUAGUUCAGAAACGUCAUUUUUGGACAGAGCAGGUUCGUUUCUCUCUGUCUGUCAGUCAUUGGGAUGUUUCUGUUUUGCUAAUGAGGACAUCACACACUGAGAAAUGCUGAGGAUUGCCGAGUGAAACGUUUACCGGAAAUGCACAAGCUAACGCUUAGAGUGAAAGGAAUAAAAUACAUCAGAGAUCACUAAUUAUUAGCACAUGUGUGCAGAGACACUUGCAGUCAUGAGUACUUUUAUGUUGUCUUACUAACUGGGAUGUUAAAAAACAUGAGACAUGUCCUUUAAGAUAGUGUUGGGUUUGGUACCGUGACGUGUCUGUGUCUUUUUGCAUAGUUUUGUUCCCCCUCUUGUGGGUCCUGUGCUUGUCGAGUGGGCGUUUUCCCCUCAGUGUCGGAUGUGAGUGUCUAUGACUGUCUCAUGUGUGUGUGUGUGUGUGUGUGUGUGUGUGUGUGUGUGUGUGUGUGUGUGUGUCUGCCCACCUGUCAGUCUGCUGUCUGUGUCAAGAGUCAACCAUAAUGCCUGUCUUCCAUGAUGUGCAGGCGAGUGUGUGUGUAUGUGUGUGUGUGCGUGAUCCCUGCCCAUGUCUGUGGUUUCUGUUAAGUGUAUGUGUGCUUCAGUUCUCUUGUUGCAUGUGUGUGUGUGUGUGUGUCCCUGUAUGUGGUAUCCUCAUUAUGUCUCGUGUGUGUGUUUUUUUUCCUAUCAGUUGUCCGUGUUUCUGGCCGUUAUGUUUUCCCCACCCUCAGGUCUUUGAUUGUUGAUGCUGUCCUGUUCUUAAAGUUGCUCUUAAGAUUAUUCUUAGGACCCUCGUGAUUACUUUGCCCCAGUGUGAGUUCCGUGUUUACUUCUGCGUUUGUAAUCCUAACAUGAAGUUCUUCUGUUGGAGUCUAGACCAGUUUGAUUAUCUUAGUGUUGAUCACCCUUUUGGUCAAGUCUUCUGUUCAGUUUGCCCUGGUUAUUAUUUUUUUACACUCACUUUCUCCAGUCGAGGUUUUGCAAUUAAUUUCCUGAUGGGUUCAUCCUGGUUUUGCUGCCCCCUUGUGUUCAUUUUAGUUCUUCACAUGUAUGUCUGUCAUCACUACACCUGUCACUGAUAAUUUGGUUAUUUCGUCACUCCCAUUCGGUUCUUCACUGCCUGUCAGUUGCGUUCUGUUUGUCUCCAUGAUGUCACACCCUGCUGUCUUGCACCUGUGUUGUCCCCAUUGUAAGUGUCCUUCUCACUGUUGGUUUUGUGACAGUGGACUUUGGUUUUUCACAUUGGUUGUUUUUUUCACCUUGACUCUUGCAGCAUUUUGGAUUUUUCUCACUUUGGUUUUCUUGUUUCACCAUAACUACAGACUCUGGUUGCUGUUUGGGGUUUUGUUUGUCACUUUGGAUUUUUGUGUCAUGCACUUAAGAUUAUAAUUACAGUCUGGAUUCUGACGCCUGGGAUUGUUGUUCACUCUUGUCUACAUUGUCACGUGAGAAGACCAGACCUUUUGCACUCAACCUCUCUUGGCGGCUGCCUGCAUCCUGGGGUCCGACCCUCAUGUUUAAGUGGUCCUUACCACAACAGAUAGAUUCAUUCCUACAUUUCAGGCCUGCAACAAAUUCCAAAAAAAGUUGUGACACUAAAGCAUUUACCAUUCCUUCUCACAACACUUGAAUGACUUAUUGGUAUUGAGGAUACAAAUGAUGAUGUGUUUCUUAUCUUAUUUUGUUCUAUUCUUCCUGCAAACAGGUCUUAAGGUACUCAACAGUACACUGUA